AUGGCAGGUGCGGUGGUCGAUGGUUCUAUAGGUGUUUGGCUGUUGUUGAUUGUCAGAAAGAACGAGGGAGGAAGGAGUUGCAGCCAUCGACGUGGGUGCAACAGUCGACGGUGGCUAACAGGAAUCGAUGUAGGGAAAAAUGUUUGGGUUUGGUUGUUGACAGAAAUCGUUAGGUUGUUUGGGUUGGGUGAUUCAAAGAAAUUGAAGAAGGGAGAAACAAUUGUUUUGUUGUUUCAUUUGACAGAGAAGGAGGAGUACAAUCGGGAUUGUGAAAUCGACCGGAAAGAAGAAAAGAAACAGAGGGCGUUGCUGCCCUUGAUGAUACAAAAGGAUCGAUCAAUUUUUCUCUGUGAAAGGAAAACGUGGGACGGAAUGGGAGAAAGGUGAAGUGUAAUUUGAGUGUUUAGGAAAGAAGGUGAAAAGCACUUGCACUUGCACACGAGUGAUCAAAUUUUGUUGUACAAUAAUUGUAUAAUCAAAUUUGUAAAAUCAGU